AUGGAAGAAAGCUUUGUGUUGGUUGAAAGAGAGAGACAGAGAGAGAGUCGGAGUCGAGGGUCGUCGAUAGCGGCCGAGUCCUCCAAUACUUCCCGGCGGGCAGCCACCAUCGUCGACUUCGACAUCGCGAACAUCGUCGACGACUACCGAAGCCACACCGCACGCGCGCGUCGAACGGAUAACCCAGCCCAUCGUGACACAUGGACGACGGACCUUGGGUUUGACGGCUGCAGCGCCAAGAACCGCUCAGUCGUUGUUCACUAUCUUUCCAGACACCAAACAACCGACCCUGCUUCCUCCCUUCCCUUUGGCAAACCCCCAUCGACAAGUGCGCAAGCUGCGGCUACGCCUUGGAGACCAUCUUCACCAGUCGCCCGUCCCGUCCCAGCGCCGCCCUUGCAUCGACCACACACACACGCACACACGCCGACGACACCAUCACAGACCGAAGCCGCAGCCGAAACUCAAGCUCCCCAGAUGUCAGAUGUCAAAUCGCUUGCCAAAUCACUCUCUGCUCAUCCUCCCGACGGACGACACGCACGUUUUCACACACUCACACACACACAUCCAUACAAGCACUACGCCACAAGACGCCAAUGCCGUGCCGCGCAACGCAACGCACCCAGCGGUCGCUCGUUCCCUCACCGCACCCGCCAUUGCGGGUAUGCCCGCCGACUUGAUGCCCGCCCUAGUACCGCCGACGUUUGCAGAUCUGCCACUAAAGGCUUGUAUCCUGAUCGAUGGCGCCUUGCCUGCUCCUCGUCCCCCAUGACAACUUGA